UGCUAGAUUACAUUACAUAUUCAUUCAUUCUAAUUAUAACCUAACCUAACCUAAAAUCAAAACGCUCUUCUCUUCUCUCCUCUUCAUGAAGCCGUGAAGAAUGUCCGAACCUUCCCCUCUGUAAACCUCAAACAACACCACCUCUCUCUGCUACCAACAGCGACUGCGAUUUUCGGUCAUCCUCUCCACGAGAGGGGAAGAGAUGGACCAGGCAGUUUUGGAUGACAUAAUCAAUCGCCUCCUUGAAGUUCGUGGCCGUCCCGGGAAGCAGGUGCAGCUCUCGGAAUCGGAGAUCCGCCAGCUCUGUGCCGCUGCCAGAGAGAUUUUCUUGCACCAGCCUAAUUUGUUGGAGCUUGAAGCACCUAUUAAGAUUUGCGGUGAUGUACACGGUCAAUAUUCUGAUCUUCUAAGGCUUUUUGAGUAUGGUGGAUUGCCUCCUGAGUCCAACUACUUGUUUUUGGGGGAUUAUGUGGAUCGAGGGAAGCAGAGUUUAGAAACAAUAUGCCUUCUCCUAGCAUAUAAAGUAAAAUAUUCUGAGAAUUUUUUCCUUUUGCGGGGAAACCAUGAAUGUGCUUCUAUAAACCGUAUAUAUGGAUUUUAUGAUGAGUGUAAAAGAAGGUUCAAUGUAAGGUUGUGGAAGGUAUUUACAGAUUGCUUUAAUUGCCUGCCUGUGGCAGCCCUCAUUGAUGAAAAGAUUUUGUGUAUGCACGGGGGACUUUCUCCCGACUUAAAUAACUUGGAUCAGAUUAGAAAUCUUCAGCGGCCAACUGAUGUGCCUGAUACAGGUUUGCUUUGUGAUCUCCUGUGGUCAGAUCCAAGCAAAGAAAUUCAGGGUUGGGGAAUGAAUGACAGGGGAGUUUCAUAUACAUUUGGUGCUGAUAAGGUCUCUGAGUUUCUUCAGAAACAUGAUUUGGAUCUUAUUUGUCGAGCUCAUCAGGUGGUGGAGGAUGGAUAUGAGUUCUUUGCUAAUCGACAGCUUGUAACAAUAUUUUCAGCACCUAAUUACUGUGGGGAGUUUGACAAUGCUGGUGCAAUGAUGAGUGUUGAUGAGACACUAAUGUGCUCUUUUCAAAUAUUAAAGCCAGCUGAUAAAAAAGCUAAGCUCAACUUUGGAAGUACAACCACUACUAAACCAGGAAACUCUCCUGCCGGUGUAAAGUCUUUCCUUGGUGCAAAAGUAUGAAGUUAAUUUUGGUGAAAAGGUUGCUGCCACAACUGGUCAGCUUGGUCAUGACUCUUGAAGAUGUAGUAGUUGCAACUUGCAAGAUAAGGAAAUUUGAGUUCCAUUUGCUCUCCUAUGAUGAUAUUCUGGAAUUGUAAAAACAAAGGGAAACACCAUGAUGAACUAUGUAGACCAUUGUUUUUAAUCAUUUCGUGAUGGACAAACCAUAAUCUCCUCCAUGUUUUCUUUGUACACUAAUGUUGUUCUGAGUUGUAAGCUUCUCAAGCAGUAAUGCAUGCAUCUGCAUCUGUUGCUGAAUCUAAUAAAAAAUACUCAUACGAUUGGUGGCUUA